UCGAAUCCAAGAAUGAUUAUUCUUUGUUAAUUAAGAAAGAAAAUUUCAACUACAAAAAAAAUGGUUUUGGAUAAAACAUCGGCAAAAAAUUUGAAAAAAAUCAUUCAUAAUGGUAUUGAACGUACACGUAAACAAAGAAUAUUCAAUUUAAUCGAUGAAAUUAUUGAAUGUUUACCAUUUAAACAUGAAUUUUCAAAUAAAAGUAAACGACAAAAAUUAGAAAGAAUUCAUACGUAUAUUAUUGAUUUAAAGAAUAAAAAUGAUGCACUUAUGUUUGCUAAUCCUAAAUCUGUUUUGGCUCAAGAAAUUCAACAACUGCGUAAACAUAUUGAUAAUCUUGAACGAAUGAUUUUAAGUUAUCAAAAUCUACUCAAAUCUGCUGGUAUUUCAUCGGAAAAAUUAUUAAUUGAUCCAACAAUACCGGAUCAAUGGCAAAAAAGACCAAUGAAAUAUUCACAAAAUUCUCAACGGAUAACAAAAUCGAACAAACGUAAUUCCGAUGAUGAUAUUGUUAUUUCAGAUGAUGAUGAUGAUGGCGAUGAUCAAACCGUGGAUCAAUCAACUGCCAAUCGAAGUAAUCAACAUUCGAAAAUCCUUUUGUCAUCUACAUCGACAAAUCUUUCAUCAUCCCAAUCAUCAUCGUUAAUAUCGCCAACAUUCAAUCUGUCCACAUUGACGAAUGGUUCGAAUUCUUCGACGACCACUACUUUGCAACAACCGCAACAAUUUGUUUUGAUCAAUGGUCCAUCCGGUGGAUUGCAAGCAAUUCCAAUUUGUAAUAUAACACCAGCGGUUACAAAUCUAGCGGCAAGCGAUGCGCCUGCUGCUGCUCAACCAGAAAAUUCUUCACCAACAAAAACCAAACAAAAAUCUGCUUCGAAACGUAAAAUUUCAUCGGACGAUAAUACGAAUGGAAAGAAAAAAAUUGAUCAAAAAUCAACAACAGCAAAAAUUGUGAAAAAUUUAUCCAAAAGUAAAGAACAAACUGCUGUCGUACCGGCCAAAUCCAAAGUAACUGCGUCGAAGAAAUCAAAGAAAACAAACGCUGUUGCUGCCACUAAUAAACCUAAAGUUGCCAAAACAUCGAAACCAUCAUCUUCGACUCGAUCUUCGAAAACAAAGAAAAAAUUAACCACAACCAUUGUUGAACAACCGCCAGAAAGUCAGCCAAAAUCACCCAAACCAUCGAUUGAUUCAGUGGAAAAUGAUAAUAUUCUGGAACCAUUGAAUGAAAAUGAUUCAUGUCGAAAAAAAUCCGAUUCCGUAACAAAAUUCAUCAAUAAUAAUAAUAAUGUCGCUGUUCAAAAUUGUGAUGAACGAAUCGAUGGUGAUAAUGAUAAAAAUAAACAAAUCGAUCUUAUCGAUAGUAUGGAUCCGGUUUCGAAAAAAGAUUCCAAUUCUACUGAGCAACAACAACAACAAAAACAAAAAGAAACUUCUGCCAAUCAACAAAAUUUGAUUAAUAAUAAUUUGCCUGAACCGAUUAAUAAAACAACAACAACAACAAAUUCCUUAUCAUCAUCAUAUUAUACAGCAAAUCUUUUACUACAAACCGAUCCGAAAAUUUCAACAACAACAAAUAAUGAUAAUCAUGUUGAACAACAACAAACAAAUCAACAACAAAAACGUACAAUUCCAUCAUCAUCAGUUUACCAUGGUGGUCAUCAUCAUCAAUUUGAAUUUGAUUAUCAUACCAUAUAUCAUUCGAAUGAUUUAUCAUCAACCGUGGAUAAUAAUAAUGUAACCACCGAAUUGCAACAACAAUCGAUUGGUAAUAAUAAUGGUAACAAAUCGACAAUAAAUUCACCGUUUGAAAUGUCAACAACAGCAUUUGUACCACCACCACCAUCAGUAUCGACAGCCAAUUCAUAUAAUAAUUAUCAUCAAUAUCCAUCAUCAUCAAAUUCACAAUUUAAUAAUCAUUUAACUGAUUUUCAGCAACAACAAUCCAAUAAUGAUCAUAAUAUUUUAGAUACAAAUUGUAUUAUACAGGAUUCUUCAAAUAAUCUUCGAUCAUCAUCAUCAUCAUCAACAAGAUCUAAUGGUAAUAAAUCCUCAAAUUCAACAACAACAACGACUACUAAUCAACAACGAAAUAAUAAGAAAUCUCAAACAUCUAAUGAUGUCGGAACAAUAACAACGAAAAAUUCACAAUCAAAAUCGAAUGUUAAUUCAAAAACAUCAUCAUCGAAUACAUCGAAAGUUUCGAAAACAAUGUCGACAGAUGGCGCUUCGUCAUCGUCAACAACAACAAAUUCGAAAAGAAAUUCGAAUGAAAAUUAUUUUCUUAUACCGGAUAUAAUAUCAACAUCGACGAAUAACCAUAAUUUAAAUCAACAACAACAACAACCAUUAAAUUCAUAUAAUUUGGCUAAUGAACAAUCCUUAUCAUCAUCAUCAUCAUAUAAUCAUCGUUAUCCGAAUUUUUUUACCACAACAUCCGCAUUGUCAUCAUCAAAUAAUAAUGAUCAACAAAAUCAACAACCACAGCAACAACAACAACAACAACAAUGUUCAAUCGAUAAUUCGGAUAAUGGACAAGAAUCAACAACAUCACAACAAGAAUUGAUCAGUAGUUGUUAUCCGAUUCUAUUUCGUCCUCAUCAUCAUCAUCAUCAUCAUAAUAAUCAUCAACAUGGUACAACGGCUACUACUACUACUACUACAUCAUCAUCAUCAUCAUCAUAUGUUCGAAGUUCAUCAUAUUCAUCGAUGGCCGCCACUAAUCAUCAAUCGCAAUCCAAUCAUCAUCAGCAAUCGCAACAACAGCAACAGCCGCAACAACAAUCGCAACAGCAACAACAACAGCCAUUAUCAUCACAACAUUCGAAUCAACAACAGCAACAACAUUCGAAUACAUCGAUUUAUUAUCCAGUUGCAUCAUCAUCAUCAGCCGCAUCUAUUUCAUCUGGAUCAUCAUCAUUAAUAAACUGUGGUAAUCAUAUACCAAAUUUUAAUUUAUCAAAUAUUUUUCCAGAUAUAACUUCUUCUUCUUCGGCGACAAAUUCGGUACCACUUCCAUCAUCAUCAUCAUCAGCUGCUGCUGCUGCUUCGAUUGUAAAUUCAUCAACAUAUCCAUCAUAUAUUCCAAGUUCAAUACCAGCAGCAACAGAUUCAUCAUCUAGUGGAAAAUUUAAUUCACGUUCAUCAUCAUCGAUAUCGAAUAAUUUACCAAAAUUUUCACAUAUUAUACCCAGUAGUUUAUCAUCAUCAUCAACUUCGAUAACAAAAUCAUCUGCAACAACAUUAUCAUCAUCGGUUGUAAGUGUUGAAUCGAUGACUUCUUCGUCUUCAGCGGCGACAAAUAUUGCCAGUGGUUUAAUAAUCGAUCAUUCAAAUCAUCAUCAUCAAACAUCGAAAAAUUAUUAUCAACCAUCAUCUGGUCAUUCAAAUUCAUCAUCAAAUUCAUAUCAUGGACAUCAUUUUUAUCCACCACCCCCACCACCACCGUCGUCAUCAUCAUCAUCUGGUCAUCAUUCGAAUUUUUCACAAACAACAAUGUCACCAUCUAUUUUAACUAGACGACCAUCAUCAUCAUCAUCAUCAUCUACUGAUCAAAUAUCUAAUGCAACAACAACAACAAUGAUGAAUCAUCAUCGAAAUUAUCAUCAUUUUGUUCCACCACCACCACCGUCAGCAUCAACUGCUGUUGAUAAUCAUCAUUCUCAUCAUCAUACACAUCAACCACAUCAUCAUCCGCAUCCACAUCCAUCGUUUGGACCAUUUCCAUAUCCACCACCACCGCCACCAAUGGUACAUCAUCAUCCGCAUCAUCAAAAUGAUUCAACAACAUUUGGACAAAAUAAUAUUCAAACAUAUCCAAUACAAUCAUCAUCACAACGAUCAAAUCAUCCAACGAUAACAACAUCAACGAUGGGUAUUGUCAAUGGACAAUCAUCAUCAACACAUAAUCCAUAUGUUUCAUCAUCAUCAUCGAUGAUAUCUUCUGCUGCUGCUGCUGCUGUAUCAACAACACCAUCAUCAUUGGCUAGUUUUCGAAGUUCAUCAUCAUCAUCAUCAACGAAUAUAGAUAAUGCAUUAUCAUCAAGUGGUGGUGUAGUUGCACCACCACCACCACAUUUAUCAUUUCCAUUAUUCAAUAUACAUCGUAGUGAUAUUUGAUUUUAGGAAACAAAAAUUUAAAUUUCUAAAUUUUUUUAUUUGCCUGUGAUUUUCUGUAUAAUCAAUUU